UUAAUCAGAAGAAAAUCAAAAAUCAACUCCAGGGAAAACAGAAAAAUAAACUCGAUUGCCACCGUCUCGGCGUCGUCGUCGCCCGGCUCACGCGCUCCGACCUAGCCCUAGCCCUAGCCCUCCCUGCCAGUUGAUGGUGGGCGGGCUGCGAGAUCUGUAGGGCUCGUUGGCUUUCGCCGGCGGGAGGAGAUGGAGGCCGGGAACGACGGCCCGUCGACCCCGGUGCUGCUCAACGUGUACGACCUCACGCCCGUCAACGAUUACCUCUACUGGCUCGGCUUCGGCGUCUUCCACUCCGGAAUCGAAGUUCAUGGCAUGGAAUAUGGAUUUGGAGCACAUGAUUUCUCAUCCAGCGGUGUAUUUGAGGUGGAAUCGAAAUGUUGCCCUGGAUUUGUCUAUAGAAAGACGGUGUCGCUAGGCACAACUGACAUGUCUCGGGAAGAUUUCCGCUCGUUCAUUGAAAGACUUGCAGGGAAGUAUCAUGGCAAUACAUAUAAUUUGAUUGCGAAGAACUGCAAUCAUUUCACAGAUGAUGUCUGUAGGAGCUUGACUGGAAAACCCAUCCCUGGCUGGGUGAAUAGGUUGGCCAGAGUAGGCUCAGUUUUUGACUGUCUACUACCAGAAAGUGUCCAAGUUUCUCCUGUUGGACGUGUCCCAACUCUUCGUCCAGUUAUUGAUGAUGAUUUGGAUUCGGUAUCUUCUUCGGACAGCGAUGAGGGUGAUGACAAGCACCUGUUGGAAGCACCAUCCACUGACUUGCAACCUGUAGAAGUGCCAUUAAAGCUAGCCAAAGAUCUUCUUUGACAUGUUCCAUGUUUUUUUCUGCAAAAUUGACAUAUUACAACUGCAACCACUGGAGUCCAGGACGAUGAUGCGAUGUUUCUGGGUGGUUUUAGUGACAGGACGGAACCGUGGAGCUUGCCACUGGUACAACCUAUCACUUUUCACAGAGUUUUGGCUUUCUAGCAGGUGUACAGAUAGGAAUUGGCCAUCAUGUCCAAAAGAUAGGUCUAGUUACUUGCUGUUUUCCAGUUCGUGCAGUGACUGCUGUAUCGUACUCAGAAAAUGUUGAGCCUGGAACUGAUGUUAGCCUGUAUAUUUUAUUAAACGAGCUAGAAUAGGCAUUGUCGAGAAUGUUUGCCUUGGCGAUGCUCGCCUGAGCCUGGUAAUGAAAUUCCCAUGUCCAUGCUAUCAUAGACCCGCCGUCUCCAUGUACUACUACAUGGUUAUUGACAAUGGUCUGUUCAAUUCGUGAUUAAUCAGGUACUAACUAAGAUGCA